AUGGAGUUCUCGUCGCAAGAGUUCGCGGUGUUUGCAGCGUCGUACGGCUUUAACCAUGUGACCAGCAGUCCACACUACGCUCAAUCGAACGGAGAGGCAGAGAGGAUGGUGCGUACAAUCAAGGACCUGUUUCCUCAUCUGGCUCUGCUCAGCUAUCGGGAUACUCCAGGAGUCGACGGCUUCAGUCCAGCCCAGCUGUUGAUGGGCCGUCAACUCAGAACCAGAGUCCCAAAGCAAGACACCCAGCUACGUCCCAACUGGCCGCCGACGAAAGAUGUCGUCGCCAAGGAUGUGGCUUACAAGCAGAAGCAGGCCAACUACAAUAGGCAUCAUGGAGCUCGAGACCUACCGCCACUCCAAACAGGUCAGCGUGUCUGGUUGCGACCUGAUCACCUAGUGCCUUUUGCGCCUACUACAUUCGGAGAGAAACCACCAUCACCGCAGCAAGUUCCCCGUCAGGAACCUCAGCCUGCCAACGGCGCGGAAUCAACGGUCCCCCUCGGACAGUCUGCGCAACAGUCCCCUGCAGUCAGGGACCGCAGUGACGGUGUGAUACGAGCACCUUACGGCCGGCCUGUUGUUCCGCCGCGCCGUUUGAACUUGUGA